CGUGUCACAAGCCACGGCCCUUGUUAUAGCCAUCGGACAGUAUUACAAAUGUGUGCAAUUAACAAAACCAGCAGAGCGUGGGAUUUGUCAACAGUGUGUCCUCUACCGAAUAUGAUUUCUAAGUGAUUGGAGGUCGAGGUUCAAAGCUUCUUAUAAGCAACAAAAGUGGGUGUUUCUUCCAGAAGAUGAUUGCCAUCUCUAUUUAAAGAGGCUCGCUCCAUAGAAUAUCGAGUCGUGAGGAACUGGUAUAGUGGAUACAUAUACACGCAUACACAACACACACACACACGAAUUAUGUCUGGCUCUAUCCAAUCCGGUCAUGUGGGCAAGAUCACAUACCUGCCGCUCUCAGAGAUAAAGAGACCCAUUCCACCAGUUCUAGACGAAUCAAAAAUCGUUGCCAUGGCUUCGACACUUGAAGGGAAACCUAUGGCAUCGAGCACGUGUACCUUAGAGCAAGCCGUCAAUGCCAAUGGCGAAUUACCUCCUAUCGAUGUUCUGGCAGUGAGGGAGUCAGGACGUACCUACUACUUUGCCUUUGGUGGGUGCCAUCGCUUCCAAGCGUAUGAACGCGCUGGUGGAGGUAAGGUGAAAUGUAAAGUUCUUCCAGCUACGAAAAAUCAACUCAAGUUAUACCUGGGUGGAUCUCUCGAUGCGUUUUUCCCAGAGAGCUCUCCAAGCACUAAGCCUGAUGAUUCAAACGCUUGAGCGAAGGACAGACAGGAGCGAAAAACACACAUCGUUUGAAACAUGUAUAGUGCACAUAUGUACAGUGCACACAUUUACACCCAAAGGUGUAAACGGUAUAUGUACGGGGAAGCUAUUGCUAGUUCAGACACCAGGGCGCGAUAUCACAUCUACACGUGGACUAUACGAUAAGAUACGGUACUAUAUGUACAUUGAUAACUCCAACGAACAAGGCAAAUCAGCGUGCAGGGCAGGACACUUAGAAGAACACUACGAGUCAGCACAUGAGCCUUGGUGUACUGUUUAGAAUUAAUGACACGUCCCUCCAGACCAGUUUGAGCGA